UUAGUGUUUUGGUACUUUUUUUUUAAAACAUUUAUAACAUGCAGAAUAACUGUUCUGUUCCUUCUAGGUGUCAUUAAUGUUGUAUGGAGGACGCAAGGUACACUCCUCUUAAUGAGGUAUUGACUCUGGGCUUCGGUGCAAGGUUACAUGCUGCUAGAGUUUCAUGAAAAUGAAAACACUGUCUGUCAGCUAGUAUUGUCCUAAAGCCGACCAGUGCAGGAGGUCCUCUGGUCAUUUGUCACUAACAAAAAGAACAAUAACAAGUUGAUGGAAGAGGGUGUCAUGCAGUUCUGUCUGUGCAAGCUACGUACCCACCAGUGGUGCUUCCUCUUCUUCAAUGUGCUGCUCUUCCACUGCUUGUUAUUUGGGGCCGAUUUCAUCGAGGAGUACCUGCUGCAGCCUACGCCUGGGGUUUAUGCUGAUGGCACGGUUGUAGGCGUGAGAGAGAAAGCAAGGAAACUGGACCUGAGCAAUGCCAAGGAAAAUGUGUCACAGGCUUAUCCUAUCGCUAACCCUGAUGUCUGCAAAACCUCUGACCUUUUCCUCCUCACUCUUGUCUUCAGCUCUCCAGAUAAUAUCACCCAAAGAGAUGCAGUUAGGAGGACAUGGGCCAAUCAAACACUCAUCCAAGGCUUUCCAGUGCAGAUACUGUUUAUCAUCGGAUCAACUCAGACUUCUGCUGCACAGGAAGCCCUCGUGAGCGAGUCUGAACGUUAUGGAGAUGUGGUCCAAGGUCAUGCUACAGCUGACUCAUCCCUCCAUGGCCCAACAGAGAAGACAGUGCUGGCUAUCCGCUGGGUGAUCACCUUCUGCCCUCUGGCACGCUUUGUCCUGCUGACCAAAGAGUCUGUGUUUGUCAACCUUCCUGCCAUUGUAGGCUAUCUGCUUGGCUUACACAGGCACCCUGAGGACUUCUAUCUGGGCAGAGUGAUCCAGAGAGAUUCUCCUGACAGGGAUCCCAAUAGUCCUGGCUACCUGCCCCCAUCUCUCUACCCAAGCAAAUACCUUCCUGAAUACUGUGAAGGGGCAGCUUACAUUCUGUCCCAGGAUGUGGUCCGAAAAGUGUACGUAGCAUCCGCAGAGGUCCGCGCACCUGUGCCAGCUGAUGUUUUUGUGGGACUUUGUGCUAAGAAGGCCGGUGUUGCACCAACACACAGUGCCAGGUUCUCAGGAGGAAAACACAUCCGCUACAAUGCCUGCUGUUACCACUAUAUGUUCAGCUCAGCAGGAAUGGGGAGCCAUGAACUAGACAGAGUGUGGACUGACCUGAGACAGAGGGAUAGAAAAUGUUCGCUGUUGCAGACCUAUUACGGACUGGUGGCCUGCAAAACCCUCACCUAUCUGGAUAAACUGUCCUUCUUCAACUCACAGGAAGGCAAUUAAUUUAUAUAUGGUACAGACAACAUGUAGAAUGCAUGUAAAGAAAAACACAGGGUAAAUCUAAUAGGAAAGUGCAUGACUUUUUGUUCUAUUCACCAUUAGAAUUGCGCACAUAAUUGUUGGGGCUUUUUUCUUAAAGGCUGGAUGAUAGGUAACGGUGACAGGCGGUUUAAACUAUAAUGAGUUUUGUUAUCCCUGACCUUUUAAAGUUAUUGUGCCUGUUUAGAUGUGUAUCUGGUCAUUAUAAAAGCAUGGUUGUAAAUAAUAAAAGACAUA